AUGAAUGACACUGGAUCGUGGGCCACGGAACGAUCAGGGGCAUUGCCGCGAUUCCGCACUACAGGGGAGCAGUUGUCGGAAGGGGCGUCAGUGCGUGAGGACCUUGCGCCGGGGAUCAGAGGAGUUCUGACAAAGAAAGGAGCGAGAGCGAGGACGACAAAACGCCACGAGCUCGUCUCUGUGACGUCGGAAGAACAUUACUGGAACCAAGGGAUUGCCGACCACAAGGGACAGACCGCGCCUCCUGUUGCAGCUUCAAGCAGUUUCAUGCAAAGCCCCUCUUCGCUUGCCACGCCUGUGGUCCUGAACGCUCCUGUUGACUUCCAUGGACAGGGCGAUAUCACUGCUGCUGUGAGGAGUCGACCUCUUGUCACGGCAGGCUUGUCGCGGCAUCAGAUUGAAGCCAAAAAUGAGUUCGACAGAAGAUUUGCUGAAGGCUUUCAACUGACUGCUGAAUCUAUUUUCACCGGAGAAACCUGA